CCUCCCUCAUCCCAUCCUCCUCCUCUCUCGCCGCUGAAACUCAGGAGCGCCGCCGAUCGGUACCGAGACCAGCGAGAGUCAAGAUGGAGGGUCCGCGCUCCGCGAGCACAGGCACGAAUCCGCGCACGCCGACCUUUGCUUUUCAAUGAAGAGGAUUUAUUCACGAUCAGUGUCUUUUAUUUGGAAACCCGACGCCGAUCCGUUUGUCUGGGGAGUUUUUCUGCUGGAGAAUAAUUGAUCCGAUGAUGAGUUCGGGGGAGGGAGAGGACACAUCUAAGGAGGCGGCCGACAUAGCGGCGUUUUUCAAAUCCGAAUGCUCUCUUCCAAAAUGUGAACCCAAGCUUGAAUUACCCAGUCACACAGGGUUUCACAGAAAUGAAGACAUGAAGGCCGUUGAAGUUCUGCCCAUCCUAAAGGAGAAGGUGGCUUUCUUAUCAGGUGGACGAGAUCGUCGGGGUGGGCCAGUCCUCACGUUUCCUGCCAGGAGUAACCAUGACAGAAUACGACAAGAGGAUCUCAGACGGCUUAUUGCCUACCUCGCAAGCAUCCCCAGUGAGGAGGUGAGCAGAUAUGGCUUUACGGUCAUUGUGGAUAUGCGAGGAUCUAAAUGGGACUCUAUCAAACCCCUGCUGAAGAUCCUUCAGGAAUCAUUUCCUUCCUGCAUUCACGUCGCUCUCAUCAUCAAACCCGACAACUUCUGGCAGAAGCAGAGGACGAAUUUCGGCAGUUCCAAGUUUGAAUUCGAAACCAUCAUGGUGUCCCUUGAGGGCUUGACCAAAGUGGUUGAUCCCUCUCAGUUGACUCCAGACUUCGAUGGAAGUCUGGACUACGACCAUGAGGAAUGGAUCGAGGUUCGCGUGGCAUUUGAGGAGUUCACAGGCAAUGCAGCUCGUGUCCUGGCCCGUUUGGAGGAACUUCAGGACGUGGUGUCCCAACGAGAGCUACCAUCAGAUCUGGACGGCUCUCGGCGCGCCAUGGAGGAACACGCCUCGCUGAAGAAGAAGGUUACUAAAGCUCCUGUCGAGGAGCUGGACACGGAGGGUCAGCGUCUGCUCCAGCGGAUCCAGAGUGGAGAUAAAGGUCGAGGAGAUAUUCAAGGUUUAGCUCCUAAAGUCCAGGCAAUGCUGGAUAAACUGCACUCCACACGACAACAUCUGCACCAGUCCUGGCACAUGCGCAAACUCAAGCUGGAUCAAUGCUUUCAGCUAAGACUCUUCCAGCAGGAUGCAGAAAAGAUGUUUGAUUGGAUCGUCCACAAUAAAGGCCAGUUCCUGAACACUUACACUGAGAUAGGAGCCAACCACCAGCACGUACUUGAACUGCAGACCCAGCACAACCACUUCGCCAUGAACUGCAUGAAUGUGUAUGUGAACAUCAGUCGAAUCAUGUCGGUGGGGAACAGACUUCUGGAGUCGGGUCAUUAUGCCACCCAGCAGAUCCAGCAGAUCUCAGGUCAGCUAGAACAGGAGUGGAAAGCGUUCGCCGCUGCUUUGGAUGAGAGGAGCACACUGCUAGAAAUGUCUGCUAACUUCCAUCAGAAAACUGACCAGUACAUGAGCAACAUGGACUCAUGGUGUAAGGCUUGUGGAGAGGGCGACCUUCCUUCCGAGCUGCAGGACCUUGAAGACACCAUCCAUCACCACCAGGGUCUUUAUGAACACAUCAGCGCUGCCUAUUCUGAGGUAAGUCAGGAUGGCAAAGCCCUACUAGAUAAGCUCCAGCGACCUUUGACCCCAGGCAGUGCAGAUUCGCUGACGGCCUCGGCAAACUACUCCAAGGCUGUGCACCACGUCCUGGAUAUCAUUCACGAGGUUCUGCAUCACCAGAGGCAGCUGGAGAACAUCUGGCAACACCGCAAACUCCGUCUCCACCAACGCCUGCAGCUCUGCGUCUUCCAGCAGGACGUCCAGCAGGUCCUAGAUUGGAUUGAAAACCAUGGUGAGGCUUUCCUCAGUAAGCACACAGGUGUGGGGAAGUCUCUCCACAGGGCUCGGGCACUGCAGAAACGUCACGAAGACUUUGAAGAAGUAGCUCAGAACACCUACACCAACGCUGAUAAACUCCUAGAGGCUGCAGAGCAGCUGGCACAGACGGGCGAGUGUGACCCUGAGGAGAUCUAUCAGGCGGCCCAUCAGCUAGAGGACCGCAUCCAGGACUUCGUAAGACGCGUGGAACAGCGCAAAGUCCUGCUCGACAUGUCUGUAGCCUUCCACACUCACAGCAAAGAGUUGUGGACGUGGUUGGAGGAGCUUCAGAAGGAGUUAUUGGAUGAUGUUUAUGCCGAAUCAGUGGAGGCGGUGCAGGAGCUCAUCAAACGCUUUGGUCAGCAACAGCAGACCACCCUGCAGGUCACCGUCAAUGUCAUCAAAGAGGGAGAAGACCUCAUCCAGCAACUCAGAGAUUCUGCGAUUUCCAGCAAUAAGACUCCUCACAACAGCUCAAUGACUCACAUCGAGAGCGUCCUGCAGCAGUUGGAUGAGGCUCAGGCUCAGAUGGAGGAACUCUUUCAGGAACGAAAGAUCAAACUAGAGCUUUUCCUGCAGCUCAGGAUCUUUGAACGCGACGCCAUUGAUGUUAUCUCAGAUCUGGAGUCAUGGAACGAGGAGCUGUCUCAACAGAUGAACGAGUUUGACACUGAAGAUCUGACGCUAGCCGAACAGAGACUGCAGCAUCAUGCUGAUAAGGCCCUCACAAUGAACAACCUUACCUUUCACGUCAUUCAUCAGGGACAGGAACUGCUGCAGUACGUCACCGAGGUUCAGGCAUCAGGUGUGGAGUUGUUGUGUGAUCGUGAUGUUGAUAUGGCCACACGGGUGCAGGACCUGUUGGAUUUCCUGCAUGAGAAACAGCAGGAGCUGGACGCAGCAGCAGAGCAGCACAGACGUCACCUGGAGCAAUGUGUGCAGCUACGUCACCUGCAGGCCGAGGUCAAACAGGUCCUGGGUUGGAUCCGUAAUGGAGAGUCAAUGCUCAAUGCUGGACUCAUCACAGCCAGCUCACUACAGGAGGCAGAGCAGUUACAGAGGGAACACGAACAGUUUCAACAUGCUAUUGAGAAGACACAUCAGAGCGCCCUGCAGGUGCAGCAGAAAGCCGAGGCUCUUCUGCAGGCCAAUCACUAUGACAUGGAUAUGAUCCGGGACUGUGCCGAGAAGGUGGCGUCUCACUGGCAGCAGCUCAUGCUGAAGAUGGAGGACCGACUUAAACUGGUCAACGCUUCAGUGGCUUUCUACAAGACCUCAGAGCAGGUAUGCAGUGUGUUGGAGAGUUUAGAGCAGGAAUAUAAGCGAGAAGAGGACUGGUGUGGAGGAAUUGAUAAGCUAGGACCAAAUUCAGAGUCUGAACAUGUGACACCAAUGAUAAGCAAACACCUGGAGCAGAAAGAAGCCUUCCUCAAGGCAUGCACGCUAGCCAGACGCAACGCUGACGUCUUUCUAAAGUACCUGCACAGAAACAGCGUAAAUAUGCCCGGGAUGCUGGCACACGUCAAGGCUCCUGAACAACAAGUCAAAAACAUCUUAAAUGAGCUGCUACAGAGGGAGAACCGGGUUUUGCACUUUUGGACCAUGAGAAAGAGAAGACUGGAUCAGUGUCAGCAAUACGUGGUGUUUGAAAGAAGUGCCAAACAGGCUUUGGAGUGGAUCCAUGAUACAGGGGAAUUUUACCUGUCCACACACACGUCCACAGGCUCCACUAUACAUCACACACAGGAACUCCUAAAGGAACAUGAGGAAUUCCAGAUCACAGCCAAGCAAACCAAAGAGCGAGUGAAGUUGUUGAUCCAGCUUGCCGAUGGUUUUUGUGAAAAGGGCCACGCCCAUGCGGGCGAGAUUCAGAAAUGGGUCGCCUCAGUGGACAAACGCUACCGUGACUUCUCCAUUCGCAUGGACAAGUACCGAUCCUGUUUGGAGAAAGCGCUCGGCCUGUCCACAGACUCCAACAAAGCAAGUAAAGAUUUGCAGUUGGACAUCAUUCCAGCCAGUGCUCCUGGUGCAGAGGUCAAACUCAGAGAUGUUAACCAUGAGCUCAAUGAGGAGAGGCGCAAAUCUGCACGCAGAAAAGAGUUUAUAAUGGCAGAGCUCAUUCAGACUGAGAAGGCUUAUGUGAGAGACCUGCGCGAGUGUAUGGACACAUACCUGUGGGAGAUGACCAGUGGCGUGGAGGAGAUUCCCCCAGGGAUCGUCAACAAAGAGCACAUCAUCUUUGGCAACAUGCAAGACCUGUUUGAGUUCCACAACAACAUUUUCAUUAAAGAGUUGGAGAAAUAUGAGCAACUCCCAGAGGAUGUGGGUCACUGUUUUGUGACAUGGGCGGAUAAGUUUCGGAUGUAUGUGAAUUACUGUAAGAAUAAGCCUGAUUCCACUCAGCUUAUCCUGGAGCACGCCGGGACUUAUUUUGAUGAAAUCCAACAGAGGCACAGGCUGGCCAACUCCCUCUCAUCAUACCUCAUUAAACCAGUUCAGAGGAUCACCAAGUACCAGCUACUGUUGAAGGAACUGUUGACGUGUUGUGAGGAGGGUAAAGGGGAGAUUAAAGAUGGUCUGGAGGUUAUGCUUAGUGUGCCUAAGAAAGCUAAUGAUGCCAUGCAUCUCAGCAUGCUGGAAGGUUUUGAUGAGAACAUCGAGUCCCAAGGUGAGUUAAUCCUGCAGGAGUCGUUCCAGGUUUGGGAUCCAAAGACUCUGAUCCGUAAGGGCAGAGAGCGGCAUCUCUUCCUUUUUGAGAUGUCACUGAUCUUCAGCAAGGAUGUCAAAGACUCCAAUGGCAGGAGCAAGUACCUCUACAAAAGCAAACUUAUGACCUCAGAGCUGGGAGUGACUGAACAUGUGGAAGGAGAUCCUUGUAAAUUUGCACUCUGGAUGGGACGGACACCUACCUCAGACAACAAAAUCGUUUUAAAGGCUUCCUGUCUUGAAAACAAACAGGAUUGGAUCAAACAUGUUCGUGAAGUCAUUCAGGAACGUACCAUCCAUUUACGGGGGCCGCUCAAGGAGCCCAUUCACAUUCCCAAAGCUACUGCAGCCAAACACAAGGGCAAACGGGAUGGAGAGGACUUGGACAGCCAAUGUGAUGCAAGCAGUCAGCCAGACACAAUCUCCAUCGCCUCCCGCACCUCUCAGAACACACUGGAUAGCGACAAGUUGUCCGGCGGAUCAGAGCUGACUAUUGUCAUCCACGACUUUGUGGCCAGCAGUGGUUCAGAGUUGACUGUACGGAGAGGUCAGACGGUGGAGUUGGUGGAAAGACCCCAGGACAAGCCAGAAUGGUGUCUGGUCCGAACCACAGACCGCUCACCAGCUCAGGAGGGCCUGGUGCCCAGUUCAAUGCUCUGUAUCGCUCACUCCCGCAGCAGCAUGGAGAUGGAGGGCAUUUUUAACCAUAAAGACACACUGUCAGUCUCCAGUAAUGAAGGAGUUCUGUCAGGCAGUGCCACAUUGCAGCCAAGUCACCUGCACAGCUCUCCUGGACCCAAGCGGCCCGGAAACACCCUGCGCAAAUGGCUGACCAGCCCUGUCAGACGCCUAAGCAGCGGCAAAGCAGACGGCCAUGUCAAGAAACUUGCACACAAGCACAAGAAGAGCCGAGAUGUCCGCAAGAACGCAGAUCCUGGCUCGCAGAAAGACUCUGACGACAGCGCCGCCACACCGCAGGAUGAGACUAUAGAGGAGAGGAUGAGAAACGAGGGAUUGAGCAGCGGGACUCUGUCGAAGUCUUCCUCCUCUGGGAUGCAGAGCUGUGGUGAGGAGGAGGGGGAGGAAGGACCAGACUCCGUUCCCCUGCCGCCCCCUAUGGCCAUCCAACAGCACAGCCUUCUGCAUCAGGACUCACAGGAGGACAAGGCCUCUCGUCUGUCUGGACGUCCCAGCAGUUCAGAGACUCCGAGUGCAGCCGAGUUGGUUAGCGCCAUCCAGGAACUCGUCAAAAGCAAAAUGAAUCUGGAGGACAGGCCCAGUUCUCUCCCGGUAGAACACGGGGACAACAGCAGUCCCUCCUGUAACCCCUCUGAUAACUCCCUCUUGUCCUCUUCGUCUCCCAUCGAUGAGCUGAACGAACGCAAGACUGGCUUCCUCAAGAGACGACACUAUGUUCUGCUGGAGCUGGUGGAGACCGAGAGGGAUUAUGUGAGAGACCUUGGUGCUGUUGUGGAGGGAUACAUGAGCAGGAUGAAGGAGGAGGGCGUUCCCGACGACAUGAAGGGCAAAGACAAGAUCGUUUUUGGAAACAUUCACCAGAUCUACGACUGGCAUAAAGACUUCUUUCUUAGUGAAGUGGAGAAGUGCUUGGAGGAUCCUGAUAGACUUGCACCUCUGUUUAUCAGACAGGAACGAAGGUUGCACAUGUAUAUAGUCUACUGCCAAAACAAGCCUAAAUCAGAGCACAUUGUAUCCGAGUACAUCGACACAUAUUUUGAUGAUAUGAAGCAGAGGUUGGGUCACAGGCUACAGAUCACAGAUUUGCUCAUCAAACCCGUACAGAGGAUCAUGAAGUACCAGCUUCUGCUAAAGGAUUUCCUCAAGUUCUCUAAAAAGGCUGGUUUAGACACUAUAGAGAUAGAGAAAGCAGUAGAGGUGAUGUGUGUUGUCCCCAAACGUUGCAAUGACAUGAUGAAUGUCGGACGCCUUCAAGGAUUUGAUGGUAAGAUCGUAGCCCAGGGUCGACUGCUUCUCCAGGAUACUUUCAUGGUUUCAGACCAGGACGGCGGUCUUCUUUCACGCAUGAAGGAGAGGCGUGUCUUCCUCUUCGAGCAGAUAGUUAUCUUCAGUGAACCUCUGGAUAAGAAGAAGGGCUUCUCCAUGCCAGGCUAUCUCUUUAAAAACAGCAUAAAGGUCAGCUGGUUGGGCCUAGAAGAGAGUCCUGACGGUGACCCCUGUAAGUUUAUUUUGACAUCGAGGUCAUCGGCUGGCAGUACAGAACACUACUUCCUUCACUCCUCCAACCGGCUGGUUUGCCAAGCCUGGAUCCAGCAGAUCGGCAGCAUCCUUGAGAACCAGAGAAACUUUCUUAAUGCACUGACUUCACCCAUUGAAUACCAACGAAACCAUGUUGGGGCGAGUGGUUUGGGAGGACCCAGCAGCAGUGGACUUCCGGGUGGUAGCAGCGGCUCAGCCAUGGGUCCCGGCUGUGGUUCCCGAUCCCGAACCUCCAGAAUUCCUCAACCUUCAUCUCGUCUCCCUCAGCCUGUUCAGCACCACCACGCCCCCGCCCCAGACGACCGCACCUCAGGUACGUGCCCUCUCCCUGACCAGGACGUAAACGGUGAGGUCCCCAGAAUGCGGGUCCUGGAAAGCCCCUUAAAGGAGCUACGCGAGGACACCCCCACCCCGAGAGCCACGGUCGCUCCCCUGUCUCUUACUCUCACAAAGCCCCGUCUCGGGAUCCCCUCGCCCGUUGUCUCCCCUUUGAACACUCAGAACUUCGCAUCCUUUAGCAUCCCAGGCCAGAAGGGCUCCCCGUUUUGGGCUGCCAUGCCAACCUCUUCCACUGGCAGGCCCGGUUCGUACACAGAGCCGAGUGACACUCUGAGUCGCAGCCAGAUUCAGAGUCGCAGACACUCGGCCCACAGUAAGGAGCUGGACCGCAUCAGUACCUGCUCCUCCACCAGUGAACAGUCUCUACUCUCCACUCACAGCAACGGGAGUGAAAGCAGCAGCAGCAGCAGUGUGUCCACCAUGUUGGUGACCCAGGACUAUGUGGCUGUAAAGGAGGAUGAGAUCAGUGUAUAUCAAGGAGAGGUUGUGCAGAUAUUGGCUUCUAAUCAGCAGAACAUGUUUCUGGUUUUCCGCGCCGCCACAGAACAAGGCCCAGCGGCCGAGGGCUGGAUCCCCGGCUAUGUUCUGGGUCACACCUCCACCAUUAUCCCUGACUUCCCCGAUGGAACCCUCAAGAAAUCUUCAUCAUGGCACACAGCCCUCCGCAUCAGACGGAAGUCCGAGAAGAGAGACAAAGAGGCCAGGAAGGAGAGCAAACCAGAAAAUGGCUACCGCAAGUCUCGAGAUGGACAAGCGAAUAAAGUUUCUGUAAAGCUUUUGAAUCCCAACUACAUAUAUGAUGCAGCAGUUCCCCCUGAGUUUGUGGUCCCUCUGAGCGAGGUGUCGUGUGAGAGGGGCGACAGCGUGACUCUCCGCUGUAAGAUCUGUGGGCAGCCUAAAGCCUCGGUCUCUUGGAGAGGACCUGACCAGAGCACUCUGACCAAUGGUGGAAGAUACACACUCACACACAGCGAGACUGGUGAAGUGACCUUGCGUAUCUCACCUGCCACACUGGAUGAUAGCGGCACGUACAUCUGCAUCGCCUCCAAUGACGUCGGCUCAGUGACAUCAUCAGCCUACCUCCGAGUGCUCGGAACUUGUGAUGGCAUCCUCUGGAAAGAUAACUUUGAGUCCCUAUACACUGAGGUCAUGGAACUGGGCAGAGGAAGGUUUGCCGUCACUAAGUGGUGUGAGCAGAGGGGGAGCCGGCGAUCGGUGGCCGCUAAGCUUGUGAAUAAGAAGCUAAUGCGUCGAGAGCAGGUGGUUCAGGAGCUGGCCGUCCUUCAGUGUCUUCAGCAUCCUCAUCUGGUGGCCCUGCUGGACACUUAUGAGACACCAGCCAGUUACGUUCUCAUCCUGGAGAUUGCUGAUCAAGGUCGUCUUCUCGACUAUAUCGUUAGCUGGGGGAACCUGACCGAAGAGAAAGUGACUCUUUAUCUACGGGAUAUUUUAGAAGCUUUACAUUACCUUCAUGCGUGCAGGAUAGCUCAUCUUGACUUGAAGCCUGAAAACGUAGUGAUCGAGCAUAGUUCAACCCAGCCUCUUGUCAAACUGACGGACUUUGGUGAUGCGGUGCAUCUCUCUAGCGCCCCCUACAUCCAUCCUCUGUUGGGCAGUCCGGAGUUCUCCGCACCCGAGCUGGUCUUGGGUGAGCCAGCUACUCUGGCGUCUGACCUCUGGAGUCUGGGUGUGCUUGCGUACGUGAUGCUCAGCGGGGCGUCGCCAUUUCUGGAUGAAAGUGUCGAGGAGACCUGCCUCAACAUCUGCCGCCUCGAUUACAGCUUCCCGGAAGAUUAUUUCCAGGGCGUAAGCCAGGCGGCGCGGGACUUCGUCCGCUUUUUACUGCAGGGCGAACCGUGCAGACGGCCCACUGCGCAGGUCUGCCUGCGGGAGGAACCGUGGCUGCAGCCGAACGCGGCGCUCGGAUCGGCUCGCCUCGACACUUCCAGACUCAUCUCCUUCAUCGAGCGCAGGAAACACCAGAACGAUGUGCGGCCCAUAGCCGCACUCAAAGCCUUCCUGCGCGGUCGUCUCCUGAGCCAGACCUGAGAUAAUGCAGCGUUCCAGACAGAGUCAGAGUUGAAAUUUCCUGCUUUUAACUCUAAAGCGUUCAAGUAAAUAGUCAAAUGUCAAUGAAACGAGAUGGCAGUGAUCAUUUGUUUUAAUUCAAUUAAAAAAAAAUUAUAUAGCGCUUUUCACAAUUGUUAAUUAUUUCAAAGCAGCUAUACAUGAAUAGAUGUAGGGGAAAACACAGAAAAAUGUAUAGAUAAAAUAAGAAGCAGAAUACAGCGGCUAAGAAUAAACCAUACAAGCGAGCGUAGUAAUAAUGUAACGUAUACAGGAAACUGCUAAGUUAAGCCAAUGUUGGCUUACUCUCCAGGGGAUGAAAAAAAACCUAGGAUAAAAACCCUGUGGGAAAACUCUUGAAAAAACCCUUGAAAAAGAUACAUAUAUAUUUAUAUUUAUAAACACGAUAGGGAUAUGAAACGGGUAAGCGGAUUAACCACUAUAACACAAAGAAAUGUAAUAAUAAAAGUCAACAAAUAACUAUGAUUGUAAGUGAAAAGCUCAGAUGUAAAAGCCUCUAAACACCACCUCGGCCCAAAAUGAGAUAAUGAUAAUAACCGAAUGCUCUCGGCAUGUAUUUUACAUUCAUCAAAUACUUUCGCUUCAAAUUCACUUAAUUCCCCCCUUCGGCCAUAUUGUAUUACAUUUUUGUUUGCAGAAUCCAUUAAACGCCACAUUGAUUUUAGCAAAGACCUCAAAGUGUCACAGCGCCCCUAAUGUGUGAUUCAGUUUCUUCAUUUUUACCUUUUGAAUUUUGCAAAAUUUCUAGUUGCAUCUUUAUGGGGCAUACACACCAAACGAGAAUUCAACGAUUUGUAGUAGAUUACAUACACAGUCAAUGCAAAGACGCAAAUAGACGCAAACUUGCGCGGUGCGAUUGACGCGAAUUGGGUUACGAGAUUGCACACGCUAUUCGCCUCAAACGCAUCUUCACGCAAGUUGAAAAUAUUCAACUCAAGCGAAAUAUUUGCGUGACACAAAGUUGAAUCCUGUGAGGGAUUUGUAUACGCGAUGGUGCAUUAGUGAUUUUGCAACUAUGUAUUGUCCAAAGAAGUGGACAUUUUUUAGAAAUGUCAAAAACACUUGCAUGCACUUAGAGGGUUUUGCAGCGAAAGACGGUCAAAUUUGUUAAAUUCGAAAGAAAUUACUAAAGUGAUAUUUGUAAAAAAUAAUGCAUUUUAAUUACCGACUAAUAACCUUUUUAUUGGCGAUAAAGUUAAAUUACUCAACCUAUAAAUGAGAGCCUGACAAAAAAAUGCUUAUUUACAAGAAAACAUGUUAGAUGCUCUUUAAUCUGCUUUGCCAGACAAUUAACAAGUGAUCAUAUUAAAGUCAGAAGUAGGAAAAUUUUCAAGAGACAAUCUGUCUGGAACGCAGCAUAAAUAUGGGAAGAAAAGCUGCUGAGGCACCCACGAGUAUAAACCACAAAUAACAAACCAUAAAUACCAAAGGUUAUGGUUUCACGUUGCCCUGCAGUUCUAAGUAAAUAAUGGAGGAAGUCUGGUGAAAAAAACAGAAAGAUAAACAUAUAUGUAUAUAUACUGAAAUCCCAUCCUGAUUUUAUAGCCACAAAGUGUGGCGCAACGGUUCUGGGUUCCUGUUUUACUGCUGCUAACAAAACUCUGAAGUUUCCUUCCCUACCCUUUAAAAAAUGCAUUCCUGCUUUGUAUGGACGACACUCACAAGACAAAAAAAUGUGAAUUAAGAAUCGAGAGAUUUUGUUUGUUUGAAGGUUAUGUUUCCUGAGCCAGUAAGGUUUCAGACAGUAUUUCAAUCAGGUUGUUUCAGUGGAGUACUGUAAUAUGAAGUUACAUUCAGGAAAGAUUACAUUUUGUAUAAACCAUGUAUAGAAGCACAGUAAAGAUGAUAUCUUUGGAGAAAAAGCUUAUUUAAAGGGAAUUUGAUUGAAUUUUUUUCGACAUUCACCUCAAGAUCAUUUUAGCUGUAAGUUUCAUGUUUAAUAAGCAUAUGAAUGAAACGACUUUUACCAGCUGCAACUCCUCCGACAAGGGGAGUAAAAAAGAAACGCUUCAUUUCAAUUCCCACGUGUCUAUUCAGCCUUAUGUUGUAUAUAAACUGAAGCUUCAUUCGUGUUCAUUUGCAGUGUUUGAAAUGCUUUCUCGCCGGCUGAUCGACACCCGAUACGAGGUGGAAAGCCGCCGAAGCCAGCAAUCGUGUGUAACCACGGCAAACGUGCACUCUUUGUAAUUCAUUGAGAUUUCUAUGUGCAAUGUUGGGGCUUUAACAUUUUGCAGCUAUUUAUAAUAAUUCGUGUUAAAUGGACCUUGUCGUCGGCCACUGCGAGUUGAGAUAUGAUGUGUCCGUGGCUCUUUUGCUGAGUUCUCCGUGUUCAGUAUGAUUUUUUUGUAAAUGCUUAAAGCCUCAUUGCUACAAAUCGUUUGCGUCUACGUCACACUUCUGUUAUGAAUGUUACUAUUGAUUUUUAUUGUUAUACCAAAGUUAAUCUUUACGUACCUAAAUAAUUCUUCUCCCUGUUUGGUGGUUAUUAUUUGUAACAAUAAGUUAUGAAUGCAAUUCUGACUCCUAGAAAAGGAGUUUACAUGCGUAUUGAUUGUCGAUUUAUUUAUUGUGUCUUGUUCGGUUUUGUUAAUCGAAUUUAAGUCAGUAGUGCAUAUUGUUGAAAUAUUAGGAUUUUUUUUAUUUCUGUAUCUGCUCAUUGCAGCAGUAACGUAUUAAUGUAAGUUUGCAUGACUAAAUGACAAUAAUGAUUUCAUUCCGACUAUAUUUGUUUGUUUUAGGUCGACUCUGGGUUAAAUAUGACGUACUAUAUCUGUUGUACAAGAAGAAAGCAAGUUUAGCUUUUGGGUCACCUCUGCACCGUGUUGCAUUGGUGCAAUUUAUUAAAUGGUCGGUCACAAUAUGUAUCUUUUUUCAAUUAUGUUUAAGUUAAUUAAGCUUUUAAUGUAUAGAUGUACAGAAACCAUGAAACCUGGACGUAGCUACACCCUGUUUUUUACAUACCAAUAUAAUGUCAUUUUGAAUGUUUUUGACUGUUCGUUUUGCAUGUAUAUUUCUUUGUACAGAAACCAUGCUUGUUUGCACAUUCUGUGCUGUACAUACGUUCCUUUACCCUUAGUUAUUUUUGAGAUUAAACAUCUGAAACAUUUUAUUGGUACAA